UGAUUCAAUAAUUGUGAGACAAAUUUAAUUCAAAACAAUAAUCCAAUUAUUAAUUUUCACAGAUUAAUUUCAUCUGGCAGUAAACAAAACAAUGGCGGCGGCGACUACGGCGGCGGCGGUGAAGAAAUCAGCGGUGUUGUAUCACUACCCCUGUCCCGACGGCGCUUUCGCCGCCUUGGCAGCUUACCUCUAUUUGUCUCAAUCUCCGACCGCCCCUCUCUUCUUCCCGAACACCGUCUAUUCUCCUCUCAGAGCAGAGGAUUUACCAUUCAACGAAAUUGACACAGUUUACCUGCUGGAUUUUGUGGGCCCGCCGGGUUUCGUCCAGCAGCUCUCUCCUAAAGUUAGAAAGGUUGUGGUAUUGGACCAUCACAAGACUGCACUCGAGAUGUUGGGUUCGGGGAUUUCAACUAGUGGAAAUGUGACUAAAGUGAUUGACAUGGAGAGGAGUGGAGCUACUAUAGCUUUUGAUUAUUUCAAGGAAAAACUCUCCCGUGGGGGCACCCACAGUAGUAAAGACGUCGCCUCUAGUGAAUAUCAGAGAGUGAGACGAAUAUUUGAGUAUAUCGAGGACGCGGAUUUGUGGAGGUGGCGACUUCCCGAUAGUAAAGCAUUUAGCAGUGGAUUGAAGGAUUUAAAUCUUGAAUUUGAUGUCACAUCCAACCCUUCAUUGUUCCAACAGUUGCUGUCAUUAGACCUCGAAUCAGUCAUAAGUCAAGGUAUGUCUAGCUUAGCACAUAAACAGAGCAUUAUAGACGGGGUUCUCGAGCACUCGUACGAAAUUGCACUUGGUGGUGGAGCUUUUGGACAUUGCCUGGCUGUAGAUGCAGAUUCUGUAAGUGAAUUGAGGAGUGAGCUUGGACAUCAGUUAGCUAAUAAAAGCAUGAAAACGAACUCGAGGGGAAUCGGAGCUAUUGUGUAUAAAGUUCCCGAGCUUGAAAAUGACCUAAUGUUGAAAAUUAGCCUAAGGAGUAUCAAAGAAGAAGACACUACACCUAUAUCACAGAAAUACGGAGGUGGAGGGCAUCGCUGUGCUAGUUCGUUCCUCUUAAAUUAUGCAGAAUUCCAAACGUGGAAAGUUUCUGGUAAUAACUCAAUCUAGAUGUACUCCUCUCUAUUGUUCAAGCAUGGGGGGUGGGGGUGGGGGUCCGUAAUUUGUCGAAUUAUCUGAGAUGCCUCUUUUUGACUGUACAAUAUGAAAAUCUAGCUCGUAAUCUAACUUUCAUUUAUGUGUCAACAAAAUAUUUAUUACUAUGAUUUAUGUUACAAGGUUUUGUUUCAAUUCAUAGUCUCUUCGAUGC